AUGUCAGACACCAAAGCAUCUACCGUUCCUGACGAGAGAGUGUGGUAUGAUCAGUUCACCAGUACUGAUUGGGUGCACGAUACCAUCGCAGAUUCUCAUCGCGUCAAAGCUUUGAGAAGCCGAAAAGACUUCUGGGGUCGGGUUCGUGUUAUGCUCGACGGCUGCCAGGGCUGGAUUCUCAGUGCCGUAUGUGGACUUGUCAUUGCCAUCAUUGCGUAUGCCAUCGAUGUUGCCGAAGUCACCAUCUUCGACUUCAAGGAUGGUUACUGCUCAACAGCGUGGUACUUGAACGAAAAGAAAUGUUGCCGACGAGGUCCAUGCGAUGACUGGAGAAGCUGGUCGCAAGCCUUCAACUAUCACCCAUUUGGCGAGAAGUGGACCGAUUUCACAAUAUAUCUAACAUGCGUCGUUGGCCUAGCGCUCCUCUCAUGUUGGAUUGCGCUUGGAACAAAGACCGUAGUUCCGUCGGCAUAUCAACUUACUACCUUGGACGAGAAUCUGGCCGCGCUGCCUCGAGAAGUCGGUCAACCUGCCGACGGAAACUCGACUGACGAUAGUGCAAGUCCUCGCCAGCAAGAUGAGCCGCAGCAGGCAAGCCCUCCCAUGAUCUAUUACUCUGCUGCUGGCAGCGGGGUUGCUGAAGUUCGUGUGAUUCUCAGUGGAUUUGUCCUACAUGGCUUCCUAGGUUUUCAAACCCUUAUUAUCAAGUCUGUUGCACUUGUCCUCAGUGUCGCGUCUGGUCUCAGCCUGGGAAAGGAAGGGCCGUACGUUCAUAUUGCAGCUUGCGUCGGCAAUAUUGCCUGUCGGUUAUUUGCCAAAUACGACCGAAACGAUGCCAAACGUCGAGAGGUACUCUCCGCUGCAGCCGCGGCAGGUGUUGCAGUUGCUUUUGGUGCUCCUUUGGGCGGAGUAUUAUUCGGGCUGGAAGAGGUCGCCUAUUUCUUCCCUGCUAAAACUCUGUUCAGGACCUUCUUUUGCUGUAUUAUUGCGGCUUUGUCCUUGAAGUUUUUAAAUCCGUAUGGUACUCACAAGAUCGUCAUGUUCCAAGUCCGGUAUCUCAUUGACUGGGAGUUCUUUGAGCUUGUUAGUUUUGUUUUUGUUGGCGUUCUUGGCGGUGCACUCGGUGCACUGUUCAUAAAAGCCUCUAAAUACUGGGCUCAGACCUUCCGUCGUAUUCCAGCCAUAAAAGCAUAUCCUUUGCUGGAGGUCUUCUUGGUGGCUCUUGUAACUGGUCUGAUGAGUUACUGGAAUGCCUUGGUGAAGGAGCCGGUUGCAAAAUUACUGCUCAACUUGGCAUCACCUUGCGACGGCAAUGAUGAAAAUACAGAUGAGCUCGGCCUCUGUCCCGGCUCUGUGAACGAUAUUCCUCCCAUUCUCCUCACGCUUUUCAUCGCCUUUCUCAUCAAGGGAUUCCUCACCGUCAUUACUUUUGGUAUUAAAGUACCGGCAGGAAUCUAUAUUCCAUCCAUGGUUGUUGGCGGUUUGAUGGGGCGGAUCGUGGGACAUCUUAUGCAAUGGUUUGUCCUCUCAGUUCCUCAGUGGUCCAUCUUUGGCAACUGCGCAACCGCUGCGGAUGGAUCGUGCAUCCAGCCAGGUGUAUAUGGCCUCAUCGCAGCCGGGGCCACCAUGUGUGGCGUGACGAGACUUUCAUUGACUUUGGCGGUUAUUUUAUUUGAACUGACUGGCAGCUUGGACUAUGUACUUCCAUUUUCACUGACCAUCUUGGUUGCCAAAUGGACAGCUGAUGCAAUCGAGCCCAGCAGUAUCUAUGACCUCUUGACAAACAUGAAUGCAUAUCCAUUUCUAGACAACAAACAUAAGCCAGUCUUCACCAGCAAUUUGGCGGACAUCGUUACCCGCACUCGUCGGGAGAGAGUCAUUGACAUCACCAACUCACCACUCGUGUCAGCCGUGAGUCUUCGGUCUAAACUUGAGCUUCUUCAUAGGGCCGGGGAGCUUGAUGGCGGGCUCCCCAUCAUCAGGCAUGAGGUCUUGGUGGGACUCAUCCCUGCUCCAGAUCUGGAAUUUGCCUUGGAUCAGCUCGAAGACGAGCAGACAAACCUGUGCUUGAUGGAUAGAGUGCCAAGCAUCGACGAGGAUGAUGAAGAUGACGCGGAUCCCACCGACUUCACACAAUAUAUCGACCCAGCCCCGGUUGCUUUGGACAUCCGAUCACCGAUGGACCUGGUGUACGAAUGCUUCGUGAAACUGGGUCUGCGAUAUGUCUGCGCCCUGAAAGAUGGCAAAUACAGGGGAAUGCUUCUGCGCCCUAGAUUCACAAGAAAACUUUCGUGA